UCAGCAGUUGUUCAGUCGCGGUUCGCAGAGUUGCGCGCUAUUUUCGCAGAUUUACACUGUCACUUGCAUUUUGGAAUCUAUAAAACAUGUCCUCAAUACAGACGAUUUCCGGACGACCGUACCCUUCACUAUCAACGCCACCAGCAAUGUCUCACACGGUGACCAUAACCAGGACAACUGCUACCACAUCGGGAACGCCGCUCUUUGUCAACACUGGCUACCUUGGCACUGUUCCUGGCUUAAUUAAAUUAGCACAACUGAUACUUGGAGCGGCCUGCGUUGGUGUGGUUAGCUAUUACUUCGAGCCGAGAUAUGUUAAAUACAAUGAUCAGAAACCAGAGUUAUUCUUCCUUCUAAUAUCAGUGGCAUUUUUAAUAGGAACAUUCUGUUUGCUUCUGUCGUGCGUCAUGUCAUUUUCAACAGCUACUAUGAUAUCCAAAACUUUGUAUGAAGUCGUGUAUCACGGGAUUGCGUUCGUGCUCUACCUAGCGGCGGGUCUUACGCUUUUGAUAGAGGUGAAUCAUCGGAGAACUGGCUAUAGGAAUGACUUCGAACCCUACCUAGCUGCCGCUGUUAUGGGUCUCGUGAUGGCAAUCCUUUAUUUAUUCAGUACAUUCUUAGCGAACCGCUCCUACAGAGGCUUAUAACUUAUACGAAUAAGUAUAAUAUUGUUAAUUAAGAACUAAUUUAUUGUUGUAUAAGGUUUUGAAUGGAAUAAGUUCAUUCAUAAGCGCAUGUUAUACAGGUUUGAAGUUCACAUUUACAUUUGACAAUACAUUGAGAAUUUCUCUUCAUACAAGCGAAAAUAUUCUUUACUUUUUAAAAGUAGUAAAAAAUAUUUUUGAGCUGUAAUCGGAGAAUAUUAUUUAUAAAUUUAAAUUAAUGAAACGAUAUUUUUAUUAAAUAUUAAUGUUGCUUUUGAAUAUUUAAAAUGUCUAGACUCUAAGUGAUGCUAAAAAUUGUACAUUGUCAUUAUGAUAUUUGCACGAACAACACAUUCUAAUUUAAGUUGGUUUGUAUGUACUCACAUAUACAGUUUUACAAAGUAUAACCAAAGACAAUUCAAGUAAUAGACCAGCAAUGUGUUUUUAAAAAUAAAUAUACCGAAAAUUCUGGAUAGAGUGGGAUGACGUCAUUGAAGCUGAAAUCCACGAUAUCAUUUAAUAUAAGAAUUUUUUUGAAUAAUUUUAUAAAUCUUAAGUCCCGCAUCCCAUACAAUUUUUGCAUUGCAUUGCCGCGCCUACGUUGAUACUUAUUCAGUCGUCGCUAUUCAAAGAUUGGCAAUCUCGCCAGGGUGUAGGUCAAUUUUUUUAUAAACCAUGAGUGUUCCGGUGUUCCAUUGCAAUGGUGUGUAUAUUUACUUAAAUUGUCUUUGCUAUAAUUAAAUCGAUUGUCCAAAAAAUGUAUGUACAUGGUAUGUAUAUUACCAAAAUACCUGGGUAUUUUUAUAUUUAUAUAUUGGUGAAUUAACUUGGCUAUUGACUUGCCAUUGAAAAUAGUUUGGUAUAUAAAAUAGUUAUAAAUGAAUAUGCCUUUACUCGAAUAAAACAGGAUAUACUGUUCUGAAAUUAUAAGCUUUUGAGACCAAUUCUCAAACACUAUAUUUUUUAAUAUAUUUAAUAACGUGUUUUCGUACUUCUUAUAUGAAUUAUAUAUUUUAACAUUUUUAAGCCAGCAUGUCCAGCACAAAACUGGAAGUAUAAAUUAUAUUGUAUUUAUAACAGAAUCUUAUAUUUUACCACUUCUACUCCUCUAGGAUACACAGGACAUACAGGAAGGUU